GGGCCCGGUUGACUAUGAAGACGGCUGUGAUUCGGAUGACGGCAUUGUGAAUAUGAUGGUGGUGAGAACGGCUGAGGAAGAGCGUCUGAGGAGAGUUGUGCGUGCUGGGGUCUAUGGGCGGAUGGCUGUGCUGCUGGGCCCUCUUGCCUACGCGGAGGGGCCGCAUAAGGGGCAGGCCUCUCGGGACUCAUUUUCCCCUAGGUGUGUGUGUGAGUGUGAGAGUGUGUGUGGGUGUGGGUGUGUGGGUGAUGGUCUGUCCGGUCGACGUUUCUUUUCUGUUUGGACGUCUGGUGUAGAAUAUCUCGCAAACAUGCAGAGAGGAAUGAAUUCAUUCAUACACAACCUACAUGGCCUUGUUUUGUGUGCAGGCGGCUGCAUGUGCUGGAGGGUGUAACGCUGGAUGACCCGCCGUUCGCCUCAGCCGCCCACUCAUCAACGGUUGAGGACCAGACCAGUGAUGGCGGCGUCUUCGGGGGCCCGUUCACCGUGAUAGUUGCCAGAUGCCGCCACCACACUCGCUGACGAAAUAG